CAUGAAUUGGCACCUUUGUACUCUAUAGGAUAGGAAAUCUGUGUUACUAAACUUUCAUUCGUGUUGUUCGUUCGCAUUGUGGUUAAUUAUCGAAUAUUUUUGCAAGUAAUAUUCAUUCGUUUAAUUACAAGGAAUUGUUAAUAAAAAUGUUUCGUAAUCAGUAUGAUAGUGAUGUGACAGUAUGGAGUCCACAAGGACGAUUGCAUCAAGUGGAAUAUGCUAUGGAAGCUGUGAAACUUGGAUCAGCUACUGUAGGUCUUAAAAGUAAAACACAUGCUGUUCUUAUUGCAUUAAAGAGAGCAUCAUCAGAGCUAUCAGCUCAUCAGAAGAAGAUCAUACCAAUAGAUAAACAUAUGGGAGUUAGUAUCUCAGGUUUAACAGCUGAUGCAAGAAUAUUAAGCCGUUACAUGCGAACUGAAUGUCUAAACUACAAAUUUGCUCAUGAUGAUACAUUGCCUGUGGGUCGUCUAAUUGCAUCUCUGGGAAAUAAGAUGCAAAUGUGUACUCAAAGAUAUGAUCGACGUCCGUACGGCGUCGGUUUACUCGUAGCUGGAUGCGAUGAUCAAGGGCCACAUAUAUAUCAGACGUGUCCCUCGGCAAAUUAUUUCGAUUGUAAAGCGAUGGCUGUGGGAGCACGAUCCCAAAGUGCGAGGACAUAUUUAGAGAAGCAUUUAAAUGAAUUUUUGUCAUGUGAUCUUGAUGAGUUAGUGAAACAUGGUCUCAGAGCAUUACGUGACACGUUGCCUAAUGAAGUUGAUCUAUCAAUUAAAAAUGUAUCAAUCGGAAUAGUGGGAAAGAAUUAUGAUUUUGCUAUUCUUGAUGAAACUACGACAGCUGCUUAUUUAUCCCAGAUUGAAGGAGAUGAAAAACGUGGAAGACCUACUGAACCUGUUGUACAGGAUGACAGCAGACCACCACAAGAUCCACCUGCUGAUGAAGGUCCUCAGGAUUCUCAAGUAGCUGUUGCCAUGGAAACAGAUUAAAAUAGUAAUAUAAAUCUUAUUUGCAUUUAAUUUAUAUGAUAUAAAGCUACAUUUUAUGAAUUAAAUAUUUCAAUUUUGUAACAAUUGUAAGUUUGUAGAUCAGAGAAUAUUUACCAAUAUACAUGUCAAUUUAUUAAAUUAAAGUAAUACUUCUAUGACAAAAUAUGAAAUAUUUCUAUAACACGAUAUAAUCUGAUUAUCAUGAU